AUGAUUGACAGUCACCGCACCUACUUCCGAGGAUACGCUUUAAUAAGGAUGAAUCAGUUGCAAUUUCAAACAGGCAGAGAACUGAAUAAUAAACAUGUCGCAAAGCUUCGCAAGAUCUUCCAGCUGGAAGGUUGUUAUCAUUAUGACCAUCGGCAUAGCAUCCCCGUUAUAAUGAACGAGAGUCUCCUGUUGGACGCACUAAGUAGACAACAUCCGGGUUUAGACCAGCUCCCAACCACAGGAGAGGAAGCACCGGCGUUGAGGUUUGCAGCCGACGUGCAAGUAAUUUGCUUACACGGAAGACAUAGAAUCGCUGCUGCGGAACAAACUUUGGGGUUGCUAGAUCGGUGGUGGAUUGUCGAAGUCUUCUCUGAUGGUAAGUACUAG